CACCGUCCUCUCUAGUGGUAUCUUUCCCUUACCACAUAGCUUGGUCGGGCGUGGGGUCUUUAUUUUUGGACUUGGUCUUAUGGGAAUCUGCCCGUAUUUCCAAGACUUUCCACUUAGCAAUAUUGUCAGCCUCGCAUCUCCUUUGCCGGAAACAUGUCCCGGAGCGCUAGCGCUUUUGUCGACCUUACGACCCUCGGAUCAUCCUCUCCUUAUAACGGUAGAGACGAAAUUCGACCUCUCAGCAGCCUUUAUACUCCACCACCCAACCCAUCACGAUUACAUGUCUCAGGGGACUCUCACGAUUCCAAAAGACGGAGAUUGAAUCAUGGUGCAGCUGCGGGACCCUCCAUACUCACAUCACAUGCGGGUUCUACCCCGCAAAACAGCUCUGCAGUUGAAGGCCCCGAUGUCGAGUCAAUUGACCUAACUUCGGUCAAUGACUCUACAACUCUUGCCCACGCUUUAUCCAAACAACGAGAGGAUGCUGUCAAGGCGCAACAUUCUGCAAAAGAUGAGACUGGUCGAUCCGCUCUAACAUCUUACAAGUGUCCUGUCUGCAUGGAUACGCCUGAAGAUGCCACGAUUACCAUUUGUGGCCACCUAUUCUGCCACAAAUGCAUUAUCGACACGCUCCGCUUUGGUGAAGAGAGACGCAUACAUGAAAAUGGAAAAACGCCCCGCGGAAAUUGCCCGGUUUGCCGCAGAGUGCUUACAAGAUCUGACGUACCUGGGCCUCGACGGAAUCUUGUACCUCUGCAGCUUAAGCUGACAACAAAAAAGAAGCAGUAACAAAGAUAUCCCGAUCUCAUAAUUUUAGUUUCUCUGUAUCUUCUGUGGAGGGUAACUCAAGAAGGACAGUGCGGGACAUUCACUGGCGGUUUUGGAGAAAGGUGUCAAAGGGGUUUUAGAGUUUAUGCCAGUCGAUUAACGUUUCCGACCACCGAACGAUUUUUACCACCCAACGACUACGGCUUCAAAAUCAACCCUCCUUACAAAACCAGCAAUAUCUCAACAACCAAAUAAGAUAUUCAAAU